AAAACCAUUAUGCUGUAACUGGUCAGAGGAUUUCCCUGCUCUUUUGGAUAUGACGUAGUCGAAACCCGUCGCGCAACUUCUGCCUAAUCUGGCUGAUCCAGUGAUUCAAUUCGAAUAUUUGCCAUAUUUUUGGACAUACGAUUUACCAUUGAUAACAAUUCAAAUGCAAAUGGUCACAGCUACUUUCUUUUGGUGCAUUUGGAAGGGGUCGCAGCAGGGACUAAGCUUGUUAUUAAAAUGAAUUGGGUUAUGCAAAUUGCUUGAUUUAUUGAAUUUUUUGAACACGUGCAAACCUAUUCAGAUCACAUUUUUGAUGGGUGUUUAAAUACAAAAAGUGUGUAUUUCUUAAUAUGAAUAAAAAUAUUUUGUUUUAAAUUGUAUAUAAAUUUGAAAUCUACGGAUUAUUACAAAUUUGGCAAAUAAAACAUGUUUUUACUUAAUGAUAAUUUGAAUUGUUUAAUCUACUUUUUAAAGUAUAUAAUUCAGCCUUAUAAAAAAUUACUCAGUAAGGAGGUCAUAUGAAGGGAGGUCAUUUGAAGUAUUAAAUGAUAAAGUUUAGGGUAUAUAUUAUAGAUCUUUUGGCACACCCAUUCACCAAUUAGAAGUAAACGAAUAUGUAAGAGUUCAAGCAACUUUGGCAAGAUCUUUUCCGCGUUUCCAUCGAUUAUAGCACGGUUUUCCUUAGAUCUUAUGGUCUAUAUUGCACAAAUCGAAUACAUCAUUUAUCAUUUCGAAAACCAAGUGCAAUUAGACUGGCACUUGCUGCUACCGUUUGCCGCUAAUCACGCCCCACUUUGGUUUCGAAUUCAGAUCCGAUCCGAUCCGAUUCCAACUCCCCAGACGCCAAGUCGACGUGGGCAUCGCAUAGACCCCACCAAACUAUAAAAGAUAUCGGGGUAUUUGUGGGCCGAUUCAGUUGUUUGAAGUUCGCAGUCGCAGCAGCACCAUAAAAGCUAGCAUAUCUACAUCUCCCGCAUAUUCGCACCGGAUAAAUUAUGUAAAAUCGAAAUCGACGCGAGAUAAAAAGACAAAGACACACGAGUUAGUUGGAAUCAAUUAUAAUUAUAAUAUCGUAAUCAGAACAAUCACAUCUGCGAUCUGCAACAAUGCAGCCGAAUGCUUUUCACAAGCUUUUACUACUGUUACCGCUCGCCUAUCAACAUACAUCAAAUGAUCACAAAGAGGACGCACAUUGGAAUUAUGAGACGAACGGCCUAAAUUGGGGAGGAAUUUGUUCCUCGGGAGAAAGACAAUCGCCCAUUUCUUUAAACGUUCAAAAAUCGCUUAUCGUCCCAUUACCUCGGAUCACUUUCGGAAACUAUGACGUAAAGUUAAGGGGGCCAAUCACCAUUGAAAACAAUGGCCAUACAGCUCACAUGGAAAUUCCCGAAACGGCCAACGGCAACAAACCCUUCAUAGCCGGCGGUCUACUAAAAAAUCGGUAUGUGGCCGAGGGUCUUCACUUCCACUGGGGAUCCCCCGACUCCCGUGGAUCCGAGCAUUCCAUCAACAAACAGCGGUUCGACGUGGAAAUGCACAUUGUACACCGAAAUGCCAAAUACAGAGAUAUCGAUGAGGCAAAAGAGAAGAAAGAUGGAUUGGCUGUCAUCGGUGUAAUGCUGAAAAUAGUAAAGAAUCCCAAUCGGAUAUUUCCGGGCUUAAGCAAGGUAAUGAGUGCAUUACCGAGAGUUACAAAGUAUAAAGCGAAAACGACUAUUCCGGGCGGCUUGAGUUUGGGCCAGAUGCUUGGUAAUGUGAAUCCCCGGGACUUUUUCACCUACCGGGGAUCCCUGACCACGCCCCUUUGCGAGCAGGUUGUCACCUGGAUGGUGUUCUCUCAAGUCCUGCCUGUAUCCUAUUCAUCGGUAUCGAAGUUCUGGAAAAUGCGAGACUCCGAAGGACACAGGCUUAUCAACAAUUUCCGGAACAUCCAACCGCGAAAUGGGCGACCUGUCUUCUACAGAGUCGGAAAAGAUCUGAGUGGUGCCUACCUGGGAAAGUGAUUGUAUUAUAGUUGGACUUAAGUUCUGUAUUUAUUUUAGUUGUG